CAUCACCAUCCCACCCUUCUCGUCUUCUACUUUUCAAAUCUGAAACAUGCCUAUUCCUAUUCAUCUCCAGUUUAUUGAUUUAUCAUAUAAGAUAAAAUAUGUCCCGAGGCAGAAGAAAUCCGGAACGAUGAGUCAAAUCCUGAGGAUGGAUUGCUCAGUGGUGGGAGUUCAAGAAGAGAGAACAAUCAUAGAAGGGAUCACCGGAAUGGUUUCCCCCGGCGAGGUCUUAGCGAUACUAGGGCCGUCAGGGAGCGGGAAAUCGACAUUGCUGAACAUCAUCUCCGGGAGACUCCAAUCGAGGCACGGCGGCGCGGUGCUGGCGAACGGGAAAAGGCUGACGAGGGCGGAGAUCAAGAGGAUAGGAUUUGUGGCUCAGGAUGAUGUUUUGUACCCGCAUCUGACGGUGAGGGAGACGCUGGUGUUCGCGGCGCUGUUGAGGUUGCCGAGGACGAUGGGGAAGGAGGAAAAGGUGAUGGCGGCGGAGAAGGUGAUGGUGGAGUUAGGGUUGGAGAAGUGCUCGGAGACGAUUGUUGGAAAUGCUUAUGUGAGAGGGGUUUCAGGAGGGGAGAGGAGGAGGGUGAGUAUUGGGAAGGAGGUGUUGGUGGAUCCGAGUGUGAUGGUGUUGGAUGAGCCGACGUCGGGGUUGGAUGCGACGGCGGCGCAGAGGGUGGUGAAAGGGUUGGGGAGGGAGGCGAAGGAGAAGGGGAGAGGGGUGGUGAUGGCGGUGCAUCAGCCGGCGAGUCAGGCUUACCAAAUGUUUGAUUUGGUGAUGGUGAUGUCGGCGGAGGGGAAGUGUGUGUAUUUUGGGAAGGGAUUUGAAGCUAUGGAGUAUUUUGAGAAAUUAGGGUUUGUGCCUGGGUUUCAACUUAAUCCUGCUGAUUUCAUGCUUGAUCUUGCAAAUGGGAUUGCACAUGGAGACAAUCAUGGAGACCCUUCUAGUGUGAAGCAAACUUUGGUCACAUCUUAUAACAAAACAUUAGCCCCAAAAGUUAAGGAAUGUAUCAAUGCUACGUUAACUAGAGAUGCCGUCCAAACAGAGACAAUAAGCAGCAACAACAAUAAGAAAGAAGAAGAGAUGCAGAACAAGAAGAAGAAGAAAGACUACUGCAAUAUAAGCUGGCUGAGCCAGUUCACCAUCCUCUUCCACAGAAGCCUCAAAGAAAGAAGGCAUGAAUCUUUCAGCUCCCUGAGAAUAUUCCAAGUCUUAGCUACUGCCAUUCUUGCAGGCCUCAUGUGGUGGCACUCCAACAUCAACAACAUCCAAGACCGUUUAGGCCUUCUCUUCUUCAUCACCAUCUUUUUAGGUGUCUUUGCCUCCUUCAACUCAGUCUUCACCUUCCCACAAGACCGUCCUAUCUUCAUUAAAGAAAGGUCCUCUGGCAUGUACUCUUUGUCCUCUUAUUUCAUGGCAAGAAUGGUUGGAGACUUGCCCAUGGAGCUCUUACUUCCAACUGUGUUUGUCCUUGUUGUUUACUGGAUGGCUGGGCUAAGGCCUGAGUUUGGGGCUUUCAUGCUGACACUGGCUCUGCUUUUAGGGUAUGUCCUUGUUGCUCAGGGUCUUGGCUUGGCUUUGGGAGCUAUUAUUAUGGAUGCAAAGCAAGCUUCAACAAUGGCAACUGUCACAAUGCUGGCUUUUCUUUUAACUGGAGGUUUUUAUGUUCAGAAUUUACCUGCUGGGAUGGUUUGGCUCAAGUAUGCUUCAUUUACAUUUUACUGUUUUAGGUUGUUGAUUGGAGUGCAGUAUAAGCAGAGUGAGAUUACAAGGUUAGGGUUAGGGCAAGGACAAGGGAGGAAGAAUGAUAGUAGUGAUAUUGUAGGGGAGGUUGAAGAGGUUGGUGUUAUUGCUAGUGUUGUGGCUUUGGUGGUUAUGUUUGUUGGUUAUAGGAUCUUGGCUUAUGUUGCUCUUAGGCGUAUUAAGAUUUGAGAUCAUUAGAUUAAUUAGGGUUUUUAUUUGUGGAUGAUGAUUUGCUAACAAAUUACAACACAAACACUCUUGCUAGUGUUAUUUUGACUUGCAAGAAAGAGAGAGAGAGAGGGAGAGUGAGGGUGAAAGAAAGAGGAAGUGGUUGUGAAAAGUUGAAUUCAUGAACAACAAUUGUAUUAUAAUAAUAAUAAUAAUAAUUUUAAUAGUUUGUGUUGUUUGCUUGCU